AUGUGGAUUCAGCCCAAGGAGCUGCUCCUGCCCUCGGCAUUUUGGAUUGCCGAGAUGCACUCGAGAUACUUUGUCCUGCAGAAGAGACGUGGCCAUGGGGAAUCCCGUGGAUUCGGUUCCAUGUUGGUGGGCACGUACGACAGCGUGAUGAACACCAAACCGGCUCCCUAUCGCAUCCUCCACCAGACGCCCUCGUCGGAGGUGUCUUACGAAAUCGCCAUUGGUAUUACCCAGGAUGAAAUUGUUAAGGAUUGGGAAUGGCUGAAAGCUAAUCUUUUUAAAGUGCUGGACGAGAUGGAGAACGAGGACGAGGUGACCAACUUUACCAUAUGCAAGAUCCAAUCUCUGUACACGCAAAACAAUCAAGAUGACACUGGCGAAUCGGCCGAUUUCAAGGUUAUGAAAUCAAAGUUUAGACAGAUUUUCAAAAUGCCCGAGGAAGAGCGAUUAGUUAACUCUUAUUCGGCCACUUAUGUAAAAAACAAGAUACCAAGGCAGGGUCAGCUUUACAUUUCGCUAAACCACGUCUGCUUCUACUCCUACAUGCUGGGUCAAGAGAUCAAGCGUAUUAUUCGCUUCGCAGAGUUGGAGGACAUCAGCCGAAAUGCGAAUACUAUCUAUCUUAAAACCACCAAUAACAUGACCUACAACUUUACAAUGCUCUUCAACGCCAGCGAGGCGCACCUAUUGAUUGAGCAGCUCAACAAAAUGGCCAUACAGCAGCUAAUCCAUGAUCCCGAUAGUCCUGUGGUCGACCACGAUACUUCUAAUUUCUCACGGUUGGGUUCCAAAACGUCCAAGAAACCAGUGCUACUGCGGGAUUUGACAGCUCGCCAGAAAUCCGAGGAGUUUCGUAUUUACUUUCGAUUGCCACAAUCGGAAAUAAUUGACGGAAAGAUUAAGGCCAACAUCUGGACACCUUACUCAAAGCGAUUCAAUUCGGGCUUUAUCUACUUAUCGCCGAAUUUCUUUUGUUUUCGUAGCGAUGUAAAGGAUUUGGUCAGCGUGGUUAUACCCAUGAAGACCAUAAAGAGCGUUGAAAAGAAGGAUGAUGGCCAGCAACGUUUCGAAAACCAAAUUGUAAUUAUAACAUCGGAGAAUGUGCCUUUCAUGUUUGCUCAUAUCGUGGACAGAGAUGUGUUGAUCUUCAAGAUCACAGACCUUCUGGCUCGAGUUCAUGUUCCUUUGAGUCGCGAACGCGCCAAAUACGACAUUUCGUGGAGCAAGCAGACCGCUCUGAUGAACACAUUCAAGACACAGUUCAGUGCAAAGAUUAUACAGAAGCAGGAGGAAAAGAUGGUGCGCUGGGAGGCGCAUUUCCGGGACUUCGGCCGAGGUAUUGGAAUGUUCCGCACAACAGACGUGAUAAAUCUAAUAGUGGAGGGUAUUCCCGACAAACUGCGCCAGGAGAUCUGGCUGAUAUUCUCGGGGGCAAUCCACGACAAGGAGAUGAAUCCCGGACUGUACGAGGAUCUCGUAGAGAAGGCGGCCUGCAUUAAGAACUGCUUUGCGCACGAUGAAAUUGAUCGGGACUUGCCGCGUUCGCUGCCCGAGCAUCCGGCAUUUCAAAGCACCGAUGGCAUAGGUGCUCUGCGGAGAGUCCUUCAGGCCUAUGCCCUGCGUAAUCCACAAGUGGGCUACUGUCAGGCCAUGAAUAUUGUGUCGUCGGUGUUCCUGCUCUUCUGUGAUGAGGAGAAUGCCUUCUGGAUGCUGGCUAGUCUGUGCGAGAACCUACUACCGGAUUAUUACAAGGAUAAAGUGGUGGGCGCCCAAAUCGAUCAAGGUGUGCUUAACGAGCUGGUGGAGACGCAUCUGCCCGAUUUGCACGGCCAUCUGGAGCAGUUGGGUGUGAUAAAGAUGAUUUCGAUUUCCUGGUUCCUUACCAUCUUCAUGAGCGUGAUCAGCUACGAGAGCUCGCUGCACAUCCUGGACUGCUUCUUCUACGAGGGCGCCAAGAUCAUUUUUAUGAUUUCACUGCAGAUCAUUGAAUGGAACAGGGACAAACUGUUGUACUGCCAGGAUGAUGGCGAAGCCAUGCUAGUUUUGCAGAACUACCUGGAGGGAAUCUACAAUCCGGAGUACCAGGUUCCUCCUACGACGGACAAACGAAAGAUGAAGCGUAAAGUCCGAACACAAACGGUUCAGACCCUGAUUCAUGAGUCAUACACAAAGUUCGGCGAGGAAAUCACACAGCAGCGCAUCGAGGAGUUACGGAACAAGCAUCGCCGUUUAACGAUGCGACAGUUCGAUAUCGACAACGAGAAGACCAUUGUAAAGGCCUACGUCCAGAAUCCGUAUUUCAGUCACAUCGAACUGCAUAUGCUGCUCACCAUCAUCCGGGAGGAAAAGCACGCCCUUAAAUCCCUGCAACAGCAGCAGCAGAAGGUUCAAUGCCCGUUGUCCGAGACUCCUCAGCUGGUUUCUCAGUCGCCAAGCAGACCGAUCCAAGAUGCCGGCACCUUCGGAGGCAGAUACGAGGCUUACAAUGUCAGCUAUGAGGUAUUCCACACACUUUUUACGGAACUCACACCCUGGCGCAAGUGCGUCAGCGUGGACAUUGGGGAAAAACUGUUCAGGCUUACAGAUAAGAAGGGAACUGGUGUUCUCGACUUCGGACAGCUCAUCAAUGCAUUGGGCCUGGUCUGCUCCAACAAGAACAUGGAGAAGCUGAAACUCCUCUACGUUUUGCAUCUUCCGCCCCUGUUGUCCAAAGCGGAGAUUGAACGAUCACGUCGCCCGCGCCCACGCACAAAAGAUGAUGCCGAGGAGGCUUUCGAGGCGGAGGAUUUCUUUGAUAAUGACGCCUCCGAGUCGAUGGAAGCGUUGCCCUCGCCCUCGGAUAACAACUUUGAUGCCGAUGACUUUGCCCUGAUUAAUGCCACCCAGCAUCUGCACAACCUGGCCGGAAUCUCGGGCAACACAUUUAUGGACCUGUCACGCACUCCCAAUCUGUCGCUGAACUCUAACACCUCCUCGUUGGCGCAUCGUAGCUCAACCUUCUAUGUGGACUUGCCGGGAUUCCAGGGUACUGCAACAUCCACAGAUGCUGGGCGGGACGAAGACGAACUCCAGCGAGAGCUUCGCCAGCAGGGCCGUUACGAAUCGAUUGACACAUUUUCGGAUAUUUCAGAUCUGGGAGCGGCACGCAUUACGCCGCCCGGAGCGGGAGUGGGAGCGGAUGUGGCAGCCGGAGCAGCCUCGGCUGCGGCCGUUGAUGACAUGCUUCUCAAUGUCGAGACUAUAUCGAAUUUCUCACAGAUCAGCGACCUGGUUGCGGCCACACGUCUAGAACGAGCCGACUCGAAUGCCACGGACUUGCGGAGCUUGGGCAGUCUAGGCUAUCUUCUGGACCAGCCGGACGAAGGCGCUUCAAAUUCUCAGCACAGAAUUCCCCACAUGCGUAAGGAGAAUUUCCAGUUGUUGUGGCGCAGUAUCAUAGAGAUCAUGGGUCUGGUCCAGGAUGAAGAGAUGCACAGGGCUUAUGAGAAUCUCUUGGAGCUUGGCAACAGCAAUAUUAAAAAGGAGCCCAGCCUGGAGAGCUUUACCCAGCUAAAUAUGGGUGGCGAUGAGCAACCGGAUAGCAAUGGUAAUCCCACCACUCCUGCCGCAGAACCCAUUGGCACCACCCGUCUAUUUGUGGCUCUGGAAGAGGAGCUACGUCAGGCGAGCGGAAAGUCCAGGACCACAACGACAAGCAGCGGGGACAGCAGCAGCACUAACAUCUCCGAGUCCUGGCACAUAUCUAUUAGCCAGUUUAUCGCUACGGUUCUGACCGUCAAUAGCAUUGUAAAAGGUUUCCAAACACCCAUCCAAAUAAGCGAACAGAUCGAGCAAUUGCAAAAGAAGCGUCGCAAGUGUCUGUCCACCAAUUACUGAAUAAUCAUAGUCCCAUCCCUGUCCUAUGUCCUAUCCCCCACAAAACUGUAUUAGCCAUAUUCUAUGAGAACCUGACCGAUUCUUUAUCCUUGUGCAAUGCGACAAGCUUUUAAACGUAUCCAUGUUAUAUGUAUGUAUAUUGUAUUGCCUCUACCAUUAAGUUAAGACAAUUGUUUGUGAAUAUAAUUCUAUUAUUCCUAUUAUACAACGCAGUCACAUAUAAAAAAUGA